AUCGAGCCGCCAUCAGGCGAUGCGAGCGACUAUCUCUCUUGGGCGCCGUACUGGUGGCCCGACUGCAACUGGUGCAGCGGCGGCGCUGGCGCUCACGUGGCGCCGUCGGCGACAUGGACGAAGUGUCCCUACAAGCAGCGCGACGGCAAGCUGAAUCCAGACGUGCGGCAGCUCAACAACACGCGCGACGUCGUCUCGAUGGCGCAGUCGGUGCUGUGGAACGGCGUGGCGUACGGCCUCACCAACGACACUGCGCACGCCAAGCGGGCCGUGCGGCUCAUCCAGACGUGGUUCCUCGACCCCCGCACCGGCGUGAAGCCACGUCUGACCUAUGGUCAGGUCGUGCGCGGGCCCGGCUCGCAGGAGGGCGGCUACACGGGCAUCCUCGACUGGCGCAUGCUCAUCAAGGUCGUCAAUGCCGUCGUCGUGCUGCGCAGCAACGACGCCGAGGCGUGGAACAGCGUGCUGGCGACGGCGAUGGCCAAGUGGGCGUCCGACUACGUCGACUGGCUCACCACCAGCGCCGAAGGGCGUCGCGCCGCAAAGGUGGCCAACAACCAUGCGACGUUCUACUACAACCAGCUCGUCUCGCUCUAUGUACUCCUCGGCGACGUGCCGCGCGCACGAACUGCUGUCAAUGCCUUCUUCACGACGGUGUUCAUGAAGCAGAUCAGCGAGGAUGGCGAGCAGCCGUACGAGGCAGUGCGCACGCGGCCCUUCCACUACCGCUGCUUCAACAUCGAGGGCCUGCUGGCCAACGCCAAGCUGGCCGACAACCUCGGGCUCAACAUGUGGAGUGCGCGCAGCGACGACGGCGCCACGAUCCAGACGGCCGUCGACUACGCCAUGACGCUCGAUGCCGGCGAUGAGGACGUGACGGAGCUGGCGCCGCACGUUGCCGCUGUUGCCGCCGCGUACGGCGACCCCACUGGCAAGUAUGCACGCUGGCUGGCCGACGAGAACAACAGCGGCGACCCCGAUGCCAUCCAGAGCUGGCGCUUCUACGACAGCGCCGACGCUCUGUACUCCUCUCCCAGCGCAGGCAACACCGCCAGCUCGCAGAAGUUCGCCUGACCUCCGGGAAAAUGACAGCAGCACAUACCACGGCGUGUGCGAGGCGCGAG